UUCUGUAUUCACUUCCGUAAAUACUAUGUUCAUUUCCUCUGGUGAAGAGAGUUCACACAUGUGCCUGGUUAUUCACAAUGUUGUCUGGAAUUCGUUUACUUAUGUGGUAUUAUCCCCACACAUUCAGCCGUGAGUGACGAUUUGUAACAAUGAAGCCAGCUCGUUUCUUCCUGCAGCUUUUAGCGUAAGGACAGCUAACGUUAGCUUAGCAGAAACAAGCGUUACUUUUCGCACGAGCGCAGUGAACAUGGAGAUAGACGGUUUGGACUUUAUGAACAGUCCUCCGGUGAAGACCGUCCGGUUCGGUGGCAGCGUUGCAGAAACGUUAGCUAAAUAUAAACAGGGAGACUCGAGUGAUUAUGAACUUCUGAAACAUCAGCUGGCUGAUCCUGAGAUAAAGGACGCUCAGAUCAUCAGCUGGCUGCAAGAAUUUCGCAGUUGUGUGACCCAGCUAAACAAGGACCAUGAACAGCUCAUCUACACUGUCUUGAGACUUCCAUGGGUGGGCCGGAGUCAGGCUGUGGUGGAGGAGUACAUGACCUUCCUCAGUAACCUGGUGUCAGCGCAGACUGUGUACCUGUGUGCCUGCCUCAAGAUGGUGGUCUCCCAUUUCACUCCCAAGAGAGUGACCAUCUGUGAAGGAGGAGUGGAUAUCUCUGAUUCAGAUGAUGAAGAUGAGAACCUCCCAAGAAACUUUGAUCAGUGUCACCAGGCGUUGCAGCUUAUCGCCAGAUACGUCCCAUCCACGAGUCGUUUCCUAAUGCCCAUUCUGCAAGAGAACUUCCCCUUUGUACAGAAAUCCUCCAGAACCCUGGAGUGUUAUGUCCACAACCUCCUGAGGGUGACAGUGUACAUACCAUCCAUUCGACGAGACAUCCUGGAAGUGAUCAUUGGAAAGAUGCUCAAACUGGAUGUGAGUGCGUCCAGGUCAGACAUUGAGGAGGCGGAGGAGAACACAGUGCAGAACCAGAGGGCAGCGGAGCAGACUGAGGAGGGACUGUUUGACAUGGAUGAGGAUGUAGCAGCAGAUCAGCCCUCCAGGACAACUGCAAUGGCCCAUCCGGUGGCUGAGAGGCUGGACACACUCAUGGCUGUGAUGAUGGCUUACAUCAAGGACGUCUGCUACGUUGACGGUUCUCUUCACGUGGAGAGGACUAAGGAACUGUACAAAGAUUUGCUGGGGGUGUUUGACAAGCUCAUUCUGCCAACGCACGCUUCCUGUCACGUCCAGUACACGCUCUUUUACCUCUGCAGCUUCAGACUGGCCCUGGCAGAGGCCUUCUUGGAUCACCUGUGGAAGAUCCUGCAGAGCCCCUCUCAGCCUGCUGUCCUCCGCCAGGCUGCUGCUGGAUUCCUGGGGAGCUUCCUGGCCCGGGCCAAGUUCAUCCCUUUGCCCACUGUGCGGGCCUGUCUGGACCUGCUGCUCUCCUGGAUCCAUCGCUACAUCGACAGCCAGGACAGCAGCGGCAAACAGGCCUGCUGUGACAUCAGCCUGCACGGGCCCUUCUACUCUGCCUGCCAGGCCGUCUUCUACACCAUCGUCUUCAGGCACAGAGCCAUGCUGGAGGGCAACAUGAAGAAAGGUCUGGAGUACUUGCAGAGUCUGAACCUGGAGCGGGUGGUGAUGUGCCAGCUGAACCCUCUCAAAGUCUGCCUGCCUUCAGUCACCAGCAUGUUUGCUGCCAUCACCAGGAAGUAUCAGGUGGUGUUCUGCUACACCAUCAUAGAGAGGAACAGCCGCCACAUGCUGCCGGUGGUCCGCAGCUCUGCAGGUGGAGACGGUGUGACCACCAACACCAACCCUCUGGACAGCUUCUUCCCCUUUGACCCCUACCUGCUCAAGAGGUCUGGUCAGCUGAUUGAGCCGCUCUACCAGGUCUGGGAGGAACUGGUAGAUGUGGAGCUGCUUCCUGCCAAAACAGACGGACAGGGCUCAAAGGAGGACGAGGAUGACUUCCUGUGUGGCGAGACACCCCAGAAUGAGGGCAUCGUGGGAAUGACUCCCAGCUCCUAUGACUCGAACCUCCGCAGCCCAAGCAGCGUGGGUUCACCCCCCUUCACCUUCCAGAAACCAUUCUAGUCCCUCAUCGUCCUAUCAUGCUCUGAUGAACCACUCUGGUUUUCUUGAGUCCUUCCUGCUCCGUGAAUUCAGAGGCUUCUGAGGAUCCCUCACAAACACUCUGGGUUGGACCUUUUCUUUACUUUGAGCAGAGAGAGAGUGGCCCCAAACUGUACGGACAAAAUCUCUUCUCCCAAUCAUGCA